AUGUCUACAACCACAAAGGCCUCAAGGAUAGGAGAAGAGAUAUGGAAAACGAGAAUCGAUAAAGUCAAUGCGGAGCUCGUCACGUUGACCUAUGGCACCAUUGUUGCACAAUUAUGUCAAGACUAUGACAGCGAUUAUCAGGAAGUGAACAAACAGCUGGACAAGAUGGGCUACAAUAUCGGCAUGCGGCUGAUUGAGGACUUCCUGGCCAAAUCCGGGGUGGGACGGUGUGCCAAUUUCCGGGAGACCGCCGAUAUGAUUGCGAAGGUGGGCUUUAAGAUCUUUCUGAAUGUCGCACCGACGGUCACCAAUUGGACCAGCGACAACAACCAGUUCUCAUUGAUCUUCGAGGACAAUCCAUUGGCCGACUUUGUGGAGCUUCCCGACGAUGGGCGGGCCCAGGAUGAACUGUGGUUUUCGAAUAUACUGUGCGGUGUGCUCCGGGGCGCAUUAGAGAUGGUUCAAAUGCAAAUCGAGGCACACUUUGUGAGCGAUGUGCUUCGAGGGGAUGACACGACGGAGAUGCGGGUUUCGUUGGUUCGGUACAUUGAAGAUGAGAUGCCACCGGAGGAGGAGUAA